AUGGUGGAGAUGACGGGUAUAAAAAAAAAGCAGCGUACCACCGGCACCUCCCACCUCGCACUCGGAUCGCGCGACAGCAAGACCACCACGAUGGCACCCCGCGACAGCACCGCCGCCACCCCCUGGCGCCGAACCCCGCUGGUUCACUCGGCCAAGCUCUCCAAAGAAGCCGGCUGCAAGAUCCACCUCAAGCUGGAGAACCUGCAGCCGUCGGGCUCGUUCAAGUCGCGCGGCAUCGGAAAUUACCUCCUCUCGCACCUCGCCUCGCUCGCCACCCCGGCGGAUCGCGACAAGGUGCACUUCUACUCCUCGUCCGGCGGGAACGCAGGGCUGGCGUGUGUGCAUGCUGCUGUGGCGCUGGGGGCGCCUGCUACCAUCGUGGUGCCGAUGAGCACGAGUGAGUACAUGGUGGGGAAGAUUAGAGAUGCGGGCGCGGUGCAGGUGGUUCAGUUUGGUGCGAGCUGGUACGAGGCCGAUGCGUAUCUCCAGGACACGGUUGUGGGUGAUGCGCGGCGGAGGGGGGAGGUGCCUGUCUACGUGCCGCCGUUUGAUGCAAGGGAGAUUUGGGAGGGGAAUGCGACGGUGGUGCACGAGGUGGUGGAUGAGCUGGGGUGUGAGCCCGACGUGCUCGUGUGCAGCGUGGGCGGUGGUGGGCUGUUCUGUGGGGUUGUGAUGGGGCGGGAUGGGGUCUGCAAAGGGGCGACGGUGCUGGCUGUUGAGACGCAAGGUGCGGAUUCGUUGGCUUUGUCGCUGCGCGAGGGGCGGCUGGCGACGUUGCCGGCUAUCACGAGUAUAGCGACGAGCCUGGGCGCGCGGACAGUGGCAGAGCAGGCGUAUGCGUAUGCAAAGGGCGCGGGGGUGAAGAAUGUGGUGCUCACGGAUCGGGAGGCUAUGGAGGGGUGUGUGAGGUUUGCAGACGACGAGCGGAUCAUGGUGGAGACGGCCUGCGGAGUCUGUCUUGCGUUGUGUUACGGGGGGAGGUUGAAGGAGGUGCUGCCAGAGCUGACUGGGGACAGCAACGUGGUGAUUGUGGUCUGUGGAGGGAGCAACAUUACAGAAGCCAUGCUGCACUCGUGGGCCGAGUCCGUGAAGCAGCCGGUGGCCGCGUAG